AUGCGUUCCCACGCGUUUAGAGUUCUUCUGGCGUUUUCGUCGUGCUUGGGCGUGUCCGAGUCCUCCUCGCCCGCCUAUUGGGGUCCUCGUCCCAAGCCCACGCCGCCUGGACCUCCUGCGGUGCACCUCUCAGACGGGACCUACGUCGGAGUGCGGAACCAGCAGUAUGCGCAGGACCUCUUCCUUGGUAUCCCGUAUGCACAACCCCCCGUUGGCCCUCUCCGGUUCGCUGCUCCUCAACCGCUCAACGAGACGUUCGAGGGGACUCGAUCAGCUUCCGAAUAUGGCUGGAUGUGCAUAGGGUAUGGCUCCGAUACUGCCAACUUGGGAAACCCCGUUUCGGAGGACUGCUUGACCAUCAACGUCGUGCGUCCGGCCGGUGUCCCGCCAGGAGAUGAUCUGCCUGUUGGCGUUUGGGUUCACGGCGGCAGUUAUGUAAACGGAGGCUCGCGCGACCCGAGGUACAACCUCAGCUACAUUGUCGACCAAUCCGUCAAGGAGGGAAAGCCUAUUGUGGCUGCAUCCAUCAACUACCGUGUUUCGUAUUGGGGCUUCCUCUUUAGCAACGAGCUGCAAAACGCCGGUGCUGGCAACAUUGGUCUCCGCGACCAGCGCCUCUCGUUGGAAUGGCUCCAGCAGAACAUUGGCGCCUUUGGCGGUAGCCCUGACAAAGUCACCAUCUGGGGAGAGUCUGCGGGUGCUCGUUCCUUGGGCAUGCAGCUCGUCGCCUACGAUGGUCAAUACAACAGCCUGUUCCGCAGCGCCAUCCUCGAGAGUGGCAGUCCCAUCGCGAGGUUUGCCGACGCCGACGACUGGCAGCCGUGGUUCAAUGCUCUCGUCGACAAGACGGGUUGUACCGAUGCCGCUGACAAGCUGAGCUGCUUGCGAGGCCUUCCCUGGCAGACUAUCAACGCCAUCUACAACGGCACCAACCCCUUGAGCGUAACGCCGCCUACCAUCAGCGCUGUGGUUGACGGCGACUUCAUCACUGCCCAGGGAUCCGAGCUCUUGGCUGCGGACAAGUUCGCACAUGUUCCUCUUUUGCUCGGCAACAACUUCGAUGAGGGCACCGCGUAUGCAAAGCAGGGCAUCAACACCACUGAGCAGUUCCAGGCCUGGCUUACUGCCCUUCAGCUGGACAGCGAACAGGUGGCCGCCAUCUCGGAGCUUUACCCCGACGAUCCCGAUGUUGGAAUCCCCGUCUCUCAGGUUGGCCGACCUGCGGCGUACCCAUUCGGCCUUCAGUGGAAGCGGGCAGCUGCCUUUGCCGGCGACUACCAACAGCACAGCGGCCGCAGGCUCCUGGCCAGCACCUACGCUGGCGCCGGACUGUCCGUUUACUCUUACCUGUGGAACGUCUAUGUCAACGGCAUCGCGGCCGUCUACGGAGCGACCCAUUUCCAAGAGGUCGCGUUCGUGUUCAACAACGUGAACGGAGUGGGAUAUGCUACCAACCCCUUUGCAGGAAAGCCAGAGACCUUUGUCGAGCUGGCGGACCUCAUGAGUAAGAUGUGGGUUGCGUUCAUCCACGACACCGACCCCAAUGUCUGCAGCGGCCCCAAGACAGGUCCUACGUGGCCAUUGUACACGGUGGAUGAGCCUAACAACAUCGUCUUUGAUGUAAACCGUACGGGUCUGGCCUUUGUUGAAGAGGACAACUACAGGGCGACAGAGAUCGAGUAUCUCUUGGAAAACGUCUUUGUGUAA